AGGUUAAGAAUUGAUCUUCAAUGCCAUCUUUUAAAUUUCAAAAACAUCUUUUUUUAAAGAAUUGUUUUUUUAAAGAUACUCAAAAGAUGAUACUAAUUCUUAAUUCUUAUUCUAUUCUACUUUGAAAAUUUAAAUUUAUUCAAGAGAUGACACUGAAUGUCAAUUCUUAUUUUAUCUCUAUUUAUUUUAUAUUUUUAUUCUUCUUAUAUAUAUAUAAAUCUUUAAUAUAAAAAAAUAUAAAUAUUUAAUUUUUGAAUUUAUGAUUUUUCUAUAAAAUGCAUAAUUCAUAUUAUGAAUUCUAUAAAAUAUUCUGUAAUCAAAAUUUCUUGUAUUUUUUUUAUUUAUACUUUUAUACUUUAAAAUUUAAUCUAUUCUAUACAUAACAAUAUUGACUUAUCAAUUAUAAAUAAAAUUAAUUUUAUUCACACAGUAACAUUGAACGACAUCUAUCUUUAGAAACAUAAAUUACAUCUGACAAUUGUGAUUAUAUAAUCGUACAAAGUAAUACGAAUAUCGAAUGAACAAAAGUCAGUAGUGGAGAAACUGCUAUACUCAUAAAAUGGCGAGGAUAUUAAAGGUAGGCCAAUUUGGCCAUACUUUCACGCGAGGUAUGGAAGAAUAUGUAAAGACAGUAGAACAACGUACUCAUCAUGUUUCAGAAGGUACUAUAAAAUUAUGGAGAUCUAUCACUCUUUUUGUCGCUUUUCCUAUAAUUGGACUUGCAAUGGCUAAUUGUUAUUUGAAACAUCAAGAAGAACAUUCAAAACCGCCCCCAGAAUUUGUUCAUUAUCCUUAUUUAAAAAUCAUGAAUAAGCCUUUUCCAUGGGGAGAUGGUAAACAUUCACUCUUUCAUAAUCCUAGAAUAAAUUACAUACCUGGAAUUGGUUAUGAAGAACAACAUUAGAAGAAUUUAUAUUUAGUAUCUAUAUGUAUUUAACUUGUAAUGCUUGGCAAUAAAAUAAAUAAAUAAA